AUGUCCGAAGACGGCCCUCCGCCAGGUCCGGAUGGAUGGGUCAAGGCGACUCUGCCGCACGGAGAGGAGAUCUGGGCAGCCGUCGGCAGGAACGAGGUGGAGAGGAUAAGGAACGUCGUGAUCGUGGAGCGCAAGAACAACUCGAGCAGGUACCUCUGUCUCAAGUGUGGGACGACGUUCGUGGGGUCCAAGAAGAGGAUCAAGGAGCACAUGCGGGGGCAGGGCAAGGACGUGAAAGGCUGCGUCGAGCCCCCGACGGAGGAGGAAGAGGCGAUUUUCCAACUGGAUGAUGCUAAUUGCGGGGAGAGGGGUGCUGAGCGAGAGCGAGUGCGGGAGGACGUGGAGGAGGAGGAGGAGGAGGAGGAGGAGGAGGAGGAGGCUCUUUCUGAUAACCACCAGCGUUCGCUCCCUGAGAAGAGGAAGAAGAGCGCUGGUGGGCAGGAGUGCUCGAGCCCGUUCCUUGCUAGCACGACGCCUCCGCUCAACGACAGCGGAACCCCGGAACGAUAUCGAGAGGAUGAGCUGCAUCGUGGUGCUGGAGCGGAGGGAGACGUCCACGAGGUACCUGUGCAACAAGUGCAACUACAUGUUCUGGGGUCGAAGAAGAGAGUCAAGCUGCACCUGAGGAGGCAGAGCAGCGACGUCAAGUGCUGUGUUGAGAUGCCGACGCCGGAGGAGGAGCGGGUCCUCAAGGCGGACGACGAGGGGCAUCGGAGCAAGGCGCUGCGGGGGGGGCAGCACUACCAUACGGCAGACCGGGAUGAAGCAACGUCCUCCGACAUCGCCGUGGUGAAGAGAGGCAGACCUUUGACAAGUCCGUUCCCAGCUUCGGGUGACCCCCCAGCUGGGGAGGGGUGGUCGAAGCUGAAGUUGACGGACGGGGCGGAGAUCUGGGUGGGGGAGCCGAGGAACGCGAUCGAGCGGCUGGGGAGCGUAUGCGUCAUUGAGAGGACGGGGAAUGCGACGAGGUACCUGUGCCUGCGGUGCAACCUGAUGUUUUGGGGGUCCAAGAAGCGGAUAAAGGAGCAUAUGAGGAGGGAGGGGAGCAGCAUCACCGGCUGCACUGUCGACCUCUCCUUCGAGGAGGAGGAGGUGCUGAGGACGGAGGAUAACCAUGGGGAUGGGGCGGACGACUGCAGGUUCUCCAGCCCGUACCCAGCUAGCGGGCCUCCGCCGGAGGAGGAGGGGUGGAGCAAGGCGAGCCUGUCGACGGGGGAGGAGGUCUGGGCGGCAGAGCCGAAGAACGCGAUCGAGCGGCUGGAGAGCAUCCUGGUGGUGGAGAGGAGGAGCAACAGCUCGAGGUACUACUGCAGGAAGUGUAGCCUCUUCUUCUUCGGGACCAAAAAAAGAGUCAAAGAACAUCUCAGACGGCUCAGCAAGGACGUCAAGCCCUGCGCCGUUGCGCCGUCGGAGCACGAGGAGCAGGUGCUCAAGGCCGACGACUCGCUCCUCAUGGUUCGCAAGGGAUACGUCGACCCUGCCGCCGACAAGGGGGCGGGGAAGGGGGCGGCGGCGAUGAGGGGGAGGAAGAAGGAGCGGAACUCGCAGCUGGCGGCAGAGGCUGACCUGGCAUGGUUCAAGCUGUUCGAGCGGUACGACAUCCCCAAGAGAAUCAUCGAGACGGAAGAGGCGCGGGAGGCCGUCAGGAAGACGAUCUUAGCUGGGCCCUCUUACCAGCUGCCGUCCAGGAGCAGGUUAGGUGACGACACCCCCGGACACAAGGCGGAUCCCAACGGCAAGGGCGCCAAGGCUCGCUCGAAACCGGACGGUCUGAUGUACCUGGCGGUGCAAGCGAUGGAGGAGGAGGAGCAGGUGCUGAAGGAGGGGCUGGGAGAAGAGACGGGUGGGUACGACCGAUCCUCGUCCAUGGAUGUGCAGGAGCUGACGGAGCAGGGGACGAGCAAGCUGACGGGGAUCAGGAAGCGAGCUGGGAAGCUCAACAACCGGCUGUUGGACAGAAAGUCGCUCCUCUCCCUCCGCCUGAAACACCACUGGAGGUCCCAGGAGGCAGCCAAGGAGGCGGCAAGAGCGAGCACGAAAGCGCUAAGCAGCCUGAGCAUGCUCAACGAGGAGUCGGCAGCGAGUGACUCGGAGCAGGAGGGGAGCCGGCAUGUUGGAGGAAUGGACCGAGCGAUGCUCCUCGACGACGGAGGGCGGGACAGCCGCAUGACCUUCGGGGGGAGGAGGGCGACAGACUUGGACCAGGGGCAGGGCAUGCUCUCGAGCGUCAUGGACGGCCCCAGCUUGCUGAACUCCAGCUCGAGCAUCCAUCCUCCUGUCUACUCCAUGUCCAUGAACCCUUCGAGCCUGUCUGCGAGGCUCCCAGCUCAAGUCCACCAGAGCCUGCAGCUUCCAGCCCUGCAAACGUCAGGCAUGGACGACCUGCGAUCGCCGUGGGUAGAGCAGGGCGAUUUCACUGCUCGCACGGACCUCCCUCCUCUCGAGCCCUCCGCCCUCGAUCACCCGCUCCCGCGCGAGCCCUGGUCGGCCUCUCCCUCCUACCUCAACCACACCAUAGGGCAGCUGCCGCGGUACACGAGGAGCUGA